CAAGCACUGAUCUUCUGAGCUCUUAAUCACUGAAACAAACCUUAUUGAAGAGUAAAUGGGACAGAAUAACAAUGUUACAGAGUUUAUCCUCCUGGGUCUCACUCAGGAUCCUGCUGGGCAAAAAGUAUUGUUUGUCAUGUUUUUACUCAUCUACAUUGUGAAAAUAGUGGGCAACCUGCUCAUUGUGGGGACAGUGAUUGCCAGCCCCUCCUUGGGCUCCCCAAUGUACUUUUUCCUUGCCUUUCUUUCACUCAUGGAUGCUGUUUAUUCUACUGCCAUCUUGCCCAAGUUGCUUACAGAUUUACUUUGUGAUAAGAAGACCAUCUCCUUCACAGCUUGUCUGGUUCAGCUUUUUGUGGAGCACUUAUUUGGUGGUUCUGAGGUCUUCAUUUUGGUGGUGAUGGCCUAUGAUCACUAUGUGGCCAUCUGUAAGCCACUGCACUAUCUGACCAUAAUGAAACGGCAGGUUUGCAUUCUCUUGGUGGUGGUGUCCUGGGCUGGAGGAUUUGCACAUGCUCUGCUUCAAGUUAUCUCUGUGUAUUUACUUCCUUUUUGUGGACCCAAUGUCAUUGACCAUUUUGCUUGUGACAUAUACCCAUUGUUAGGACUUGCAUGUACUGACACUUACUUCCUUGGACUCACUGUAGUUAGCAGUUAUGGAGCAAUGUCUAUAGUGGCCUUUAUCCUCCUUCUUGUCUCCUAUGGAAUCAUUCUAAACUCUCUUAAGACUGAUAGUCAGGAAGGGAGGCGCAAAGCCCUGUCCACCUGCAGCUCCCACAUCAUGGUGGUUGUCCUCUUUUUUGUUCCCUGUAUUUUCAUGUAUGUUAGACCUAUCUCCAACUUUCCAAUUGAUAAAUAUAUAACUGUCUUUUAUACAAUUUUUACUCCCAUGUUGAACCCUUUAAUAUAUACCUUGAGAAACAUGGAGAUUAAAAAUUGUAUGGCAAAGCUGUGGAGUAAAAUGUUCACUAAAGCAUAAAAAGAAUUUCUCCUGACUAAAUAUAGUAAUAAUGGUAAAGCCAUAUUUAAUAAUAAUUUUUGACAAUUUGACUUCUAUGUUCUACAUUUGUUCCAACCC